ACAGUUCUUUAGUCGGCCAAACGCCUGCGCGCGCAUCAGACGCUGACGUUCGAGUUCGCGCCAAUUUUUCUUUUUUCAAAAAAGCGCCUUCGAAAAAAAAAAGUGUAGUGAUGUGACAGUUAGUUACCGAUUCAGUGACUUUCUCGUUUUGUUACUGUUCCAGUUGUCGGAUUAAAAAGUUUGCAAGAUGUUCCACUAUGAAUACGAGAAGCGACCGCCAUCUGCGUCCUCGUGCGCCAGCCGCGCCACGACCACCACCGAAUACAGCCGGUCUUGCCCCAGCGAGUACCGGCGAGCGAUACCAAGCGUAGAGCGAGCGAGACGGCCCCUGCCGCCGACACCGAGCGCGUGUAGACUGCCUACGAAAACCGCGGUGCCGUUAAAGGUGUGGGUGAUAGCCAGCGCGUCCUGCUUCGCGGUGUGUGCUGUGUUGGUGCUAGCCACCGUGGUGGUCACCCGGUGGGGCUACGGGCACCAAGUCUACGAGGCUCCGGAACCAAUAUAUUCUCAGCCAAUUCUGCAGCCGAGAAAGCUACCAACAACUACAGAAUCAGACCUGACCAACAUUGACAACGACAGUUCAGAAGAACUAGAAAAUGAUAUCCAAUUCCCCAUCCUAGAGAAGCUAUCCAUAUUCAAAAACAUAGUUGCGAAUAGAGAUAAGACAAAGAACCAUAGUCUCCUGGCGAAACCUCAAAUGCAUCCAGUGCAUGAUAUUAUACAACAUGCUGAACGUAAAAUUGAAAAGAAGGAUCGCGCAAAAAUGCCAGACACAACAGAAGUUGCAGUCACAGAAAAAAACGAUAUACCCGACUUUAAACCUACUCUACCCGAUGUUUUUAUUAACAAACAAGAUAUCAAACUUCCAGAUGGUUAUGUAGCAGUUUUAAAGAAAGACGAAAAUGAUUUCUACGAAGAAUAUUACAAUGACGAGAAUUUAUACGACGAUUAUAUGCAAAGCAAUACAAUGACUAGUUACUUAAUAGAAAAAGUUCAAGAGCUACACGAUUGGAUAGUGUCAGAUCCUGACUUUGAAGUUGCUGGUAAUCAUUCGAAGAAAAUUAAAUCUGGUAAUGAUUUUGGACAACUUUUGAAAGCUCUGAACGAGAGUUUAAUAGAAGGCAAUGUAAGCAUAGUGAUGAAUAAAUUAAAGGACAUAUACUUUGGUGAUAAUUACACUAGCACGAAUCAUAGUAGGAAGAUUAUUUCGAGCAACAGUACGGAUUUGCUGUCGUUUGGGAUUCUGACGCUGGAUGUGAUGCUGCUGCAUAAUAUUCAAUUGAUGGCGUGGGAGAAUCAGGAAGGAGUCCGAAACAAGAUGCUGAAGGACCCUGAUGUGUUUGCGUUCAACGCGCUGUUCCUGGACCCCAGCAAGGUGGAAUCCAAGCAGAAUGAGAUCUACAACACUGCCGCAUUUUCUAAACGCCAGAAUGUUCGUCAAGAGAGUGUGGACGAGUUCGACAUCGGCAAGAACUUGCUGGAGAACGUUCUCGAGGUCGGCAUGAGCACGGCCCGCGCCGCCAUACAUCUCGGCCGAGCUUACAAGAACACCAAAUUGGUCCUCAGCCAGGUGUCGAAUCGUGAAGCCCUGAACACCAACAUUCAGCAGCAACUUUCCAGAGACAUCGAUGGCAACACGCAUGCGCUAAAUCAUCUGAGCAGUCAACAGGCAACGCAAACGAGCGCUCAGGGCACAUACACAGAGCUGGAUUGCGUGUGGCUGUUGUAUUGUAGAAACUUGGCGGCCACAGCCAAGCUGAACGCGCCACUUGCCACCAUGGCCAGGAUAAACGGGAUCGCGCUCCGGAUGCUGACGGGCGAGCUGCCAGCGGACAAGGCUUUGGACACGAUGGUGUACGAAGCCCUCACUGGCUGGACGGAGCUACGUUGUAACGAUAUGUUUCCAAGGUGCAGCAAUGUAAAUCCAGCAACCGUUGUAUUGGACAGCAUCCUGCAGCCAAUGAGAAAAUCGCAAGCCAACAGAGUGUAGUAAUAUAUUAAAUAUAUACCAUAAUGUGUACAAGAUAUAUUUUAUAGCAAACUUCAAAAACUAAGUGUGACGUUUCAGAUAGACUGGUCGCAUAUACUUUUUAAGAGCCCUUCAACGUGCACACUAGCGCCACAGCUAAAUAAUCGUGAUUAUUUAAAUUUAACGAAGGAUAUUGAAAAAAGGGGGCCGCUACGUACUGUAUUGUGUAUUUAAGUACCUUUUGAAUACAUCAAACUAGUUUUUAUGUUGCUGGAUUUGUCAAUCUAUAUGCGUCCAAAGUUAAAACGGCCCUUUUUUGUUUUAAGUUCCUAGAUCGACGAAACCAGCAACAUAAAAACUAGUUUCAUGUAUUCAAAAGGUACGUAAAUACACAAUACAGUACGUAGCGGCCCCCUUUUUUCAAUAUCCUUCAUUAAAUUUAAAUAAUCACGAUUAUUUAGCUGUGGCGCUAGUGUGCACGUUGAAGGGCUCUUAAAUUUAUGUGAAUAGAUGGCAGCACCAAUCUCUCUCGCUAUAAUACCUAUCGUAAUCCUGUAAGUAAGGGAUUGGAUUGGUAUAGGAGGUGCAAGCACGUACUGCUCGCCCUUAUACUAUUUAUCUUUAGGUAUUAAAAGAAAAGUAAACAAAAUCUACCCACAAAUGGCUCCUUAAGCCAGUUGAGGGUAGAUGAAAACAUUACACGAUCAAAUAAGGUAGGUUAAAGUCAGGUCGUUUAGUGACUGAUCCAGGCAGUGGCGGAUUUGCCCUAAGGCACAAUAGGCCCGGGCCUAGGGCGGCAAGAUAUAUAGGGGCGGCAAAUUGUGACAAAAAAUUCGCUGGUGGUAACAAGAAAUAACUCAAAAUGUAGUCAAUAUUAUGGGUGCCUUGAAAGGCUACAGGGCCUGGGGCCUAGGGCGGCAAAGACUGCAAAUCCGCCACUGGAUCCAGGCGGUUUUGUAAUUGGUCGGUUAACCAAUAAAUGUUAUAACUACCCGAAAAUGUACAAAGUGUUUAUUUUUAUUUAAAUGCCUAAAGAUACAGACUUGAAAUGAUCAAUGACGGCUAAGUUUCUAAGAUGGGAUAUACAAUAGGUACACGGUAGGUUCGAAUCCAGCCAUCAGCACCUGGGCGGCGUCGUCACGUUUUCUUUAAUAGGUAGGGUUACUACCCUAGUUUUCAUCAACUUGACACAAUUUUAAUAUCUCGCAAGUAUCAAAUUAAUAAUGAAAUAUGUAUAUUAUUUACCCGUCAAGUGGACGAAAACUAGAGCAUAGACGGAAUCUUGCGCUAUGACUCUAUACGACAUCUUUUUCAGUUUACUAUUUAAAUUUAUGAAUAACAAAGAAGUACAAGCACCUAUUAUCUUUCUUAUCUUAUCUUAUUGUACUGUUAGAUAUAAGAAUCGUGCUCAAAUUAUAUAUAAGAUUUAUAUAGUAGGUACUAUUAUUGGGCUAUUAUUUAAUUAGAAAACAUGGGAAUACCUAGUGUUUAAUUCCGCUAAUAUACUUUAAAAAAAACCAAUGAAAAAAAAAACUUGUUGAUUGUUACAAAAGCAUUUACCUACAAUGUGUAAUAUAUACUUGGUCAAGCAGAUCUUGUCAGUAGAAAAAGGCGGCAAAUUUGAAAAAUGUAGGCGCGAAGGGAUAUCGUCCCAUAGAAAAUUUGAAUUUCGCGCCUUUUUUUACUGACAAGGUUUGCUUGACCAGCUAUAUUUAUAUUUAUAGACUAAAUAUAUUACGCCAAGCGCGCACCGCGAUUUUAAUUUUUGCGACACGAUUUUAGAAUCGCGCUGUAAUUUAUCGCAGAAAAUUCAGUGCGCGCACUGCGAUGAAAAAGUCGACGAUUUGUUCAUUCUCGACAUGGAUGUCGUACCAGUCACUUGUCGUGAAACAAUAUGCAAUCGCUGUAUGACUGAGUAUUUAUACCACAAAGGUGAUCUCCUUCUAUUUCUAUAAUUAAACGGUCAACAUCUAGCGUCUCAUCUUGUAACUCCAUUGGAGAAGCAGGUUCCGAUAUGUUGACGCUUGGAGAGCGAAAUGCCGACUGAGAUCCCGGCUGCGAUUUUAUUAUCGCAGUGCGCGCGGGGCCAUACAGCUUCGUAUGCUGCAAUUCACUUUGCGUUUGCGACAAUCGCGUCGCGCGCUGUCGCGGAAAAAUGUAACAAAUCACAAUUUUAAAAUCGCUGCGAUUUUUUUGUCGCAUAUGCGCGCACCGCCAUAUAAACCCAUACGUUACAUUUCUGCGACUAAAUUAUCGCGCGACAAAAAAUCGUGGUGCGCGCUUGGCUUUAUAUCUAAUUUUAAGAGACGACUGUUGUAAAGAGGCUUAUUUUUUAAUAGUUUAAGCAAAAUUUUUCUGACCGCAGACUUUUAUCUUACAAGUCCCAGUGAUUUAAACAUGUAGGUACUUAAACUAAUUACUAAUUAGGCUUAUUUUUAGUAUUUUUACUUACGUAAGUUAAGCAACAAUAAAAAAAACCGGCCAAGUGCAAGUCGGACUCGCGUUUCUAGGGUUCCAUACAUAAGUCCGACUCACGCUUGACUGCACAUUUCUAAUAGGUUUUCCUGUCAUCUACAGGUAAAGAACUAUUUUGUGUAUUUUAUUCAAAAUUUUAGACCCAGUAGUUUCGUAGAUAAAGGGGGGGAAUGGUCGUUUUUUAGCUAUUUUCUUAAAUAACUUCGAACCUAUGUAUUUUAAAAUUAUAAAAAAACAUGUCCAUCUUUGGGUCACUUAUUUACAUAUGUGUACCAAAUUUCAACUUAAUUGGUUCAGUAGUUUCCGAGAAAAUAGGCUGUUACAGACGGACAGACAGACAGACGCACGAGUAUGAUCCUAUAAGGGUUCCGUUUUUUCCUUUUUAGGUACGGAACCCUAAAAAUCAGCUUCAUGCGGUCAAGCCUUCAACCCGUAAGUAACGGCGGCAGGGAUAUUUUUUUAAUCGUUAUAUAUUAAUAUUUUUACUUCGGUAUUCAUUACAUAUUCCCAUUUUCUAUUUGUUAUGAUAUAAGUAUGUGGUCGGAUUUUCUAUAUUUGUUAAAAUUAUAAUUGUUGCUUUUUAUGCCGUGUGAUGUAUUCUAGUUAGAAAUAAAACAAAUAAGUUAAAAAUAUAUUGUUUCAUUUAAUUUAAAUAUAUCUAAUAAGUAGAUGAUAUAUCUUCUUACUUGAACGGUGAAAGGCCUGUCCAGGCGGGGACAAUAUUUAGCCAAUCUGAUUAAAUCGGCCGAUCAAAUUAGGU